UUAAAACGUCACACUAGGCAGUGGGAUAUAACAGGAGAAAUACAGUGCUCAGUACUUCCAGGAAUUAAAUAUUCAAGGCUAAUUAAUUUUUUUCCCUCUCUCUUACAGAAGGGGUCUUCACCAGUUGCUCCAGUUCAUAUUGUCAAUGAAGAGUCAACUGAAAAGACAAAUUUGGGCUUUAUUCAUGCGUUUGUGGCUGCUAUAUCAGUCAUCAUUGUAUCAGAACUGGGGGAUAAGACCUUCUUUAUUGCAGCCAUCAUGGCGAUGCGAUACAACCGUUUGACUGUACUGGCUGGUGCUAUGCUUGCCUUAGGACUGAUGACAUGUUUAUCAGUUUUGUUCGGCUAUGCCACCACAGUUAUUCCUCGUGUGUAUACAUACUAUGUGUCAACUGCGCUGUUUGCAAUUUUUGGCAUCAGAAUGCUUCGGGAAGGCUUGAAAAUGAGCCCAGAUGAAGGUCAGGAGGAGCUAGAGGAAGUUCAAGCAGAAAUUAAAAAAAAAGAUGAGGAACUUCAGAGAACUAAACUCUUAAAUGGGCCGGGAGAUGUGGAAACAGGGCCAGGCACGACUAUACCUCAGAAGAAAUGGCUACACUUUAUUUCUCCAAUCUUUGUUCAGGCUUUCACUCUAACGUUUUUAGCAGAAUGGGGUGAUCGUUCCCAGUUAACAACCAUAGUCUUGGCAGCAAGAGAGGAUCCCUAUGGUGUGGCAGUAGGGGGAACAGUGGGGCAUUGCCUGUGCACGGGUUUAGCAGUUAUCGGAGGGAGAAUGAUAGCACAGAAAAUUUCUGUUAGGACUGUGACAAUCAUAGGAGGCAUUGUCUUCUUAGCAUUUGCAUUUUCUGCACUAUUUAUAAGUCCAGACUCUGGUUUUUAAAUUUUUUUUUUUUCCAUCAUUGCAAAAGAACAAGGAUUGGAAGCGCUAAGCAGCUAUCCUUGUGCCUUCUUGUAUAUAAUGUACAGGAUUAUAGUUAAACAAGCACUGAAGAUGAGACACUGUACUUUUUAUAGCAAAUGGUUUGAGGGAUUGACACGUUUAUGGACAGUUUCUGCAGUGGAGAUCUGCUCAUUGUCUGGUUUGUGUAUUCUGUGGUACCUGCUCCCUUGGUGAGAUUUGAGGAGUUUUCUUAUUUGCUGAAUCUGGCUCAGUUUUGAGGAUCUACAUUCAUAAAUAUUGAAGCUUCCUGUUUUCUUCCUCUGUUACACAUGGCUACCUUUCCUGUUUCCUCAAGCGCUUAUUCUUACGGCUGAGUAAACAGCCCUCUCUGAAGAGGCCCUGUUUUGUUCCAUGUUGCUCAACAGAAAGUGUUAAGUAGAAAACUUCUGACUCUCACCUCCAAGUUCUUCAGAACCAGGAUGCAUCCAAGGCUGGAUAAUCUAAGCAACAAGAAACCUAGGAGUGGUUCCUAUACCGCUGAGCGGUUGCGCCACCAACGGAGAAUUUUAUACAUUUAAAUUAGAGGGCAAACUUCUCCAUCAGGGAUUUUUAUCAGGAAAUUGAUGUGCGGUGAUUAACAACGGUGUUCAAUAGGCAGUCUGUCUGGAGCUAAUAUUAUUUGACUCUCUCUCUCUCUCUCUUUUUUAUUUUUUUUAUUUGAAAACAGUGAAGUAUUUGGAAAGUAAAGUGGUCCAUUCCCAGGAUUGAGCAAUAAUGGAAUUCUUAGACUUAGAUGUGUUCAUAUUUUCCUUUUAGAAAUAGAGAUGUAAUCUGGAGGAGUAUUAAUAAAGCAUAGUGUCUCCAUUUGA